CAAAGCGGAGUUCCCCCAGUGACAACACUUCUGUCUGGCAGACUGCAAAGAUGGCAUUGAGUGCAGCCUCUGCAGUGCAACACCAUGAACCCUCGAUCAAGAAGUAAUGCACACUCAGGCUGGAGGGUGAGGAGACGAUUGCAUGAAUUUUUAAAAAGAAGCAGCAGAAUAGAUGUGGUGGGAAGGCACCAAACAGACACGACUCAAAGACAUUCAAACCACAUCCUGAGUCACGCCACUGAUAAUGACGCCUUCGCUGCGAGGAACCUGAAAAUGUUCCCCUAAACAUUCUCACACAGUCAGCGCUGCAUCGGGGACUCUGUUGGCUUGGUGGCUGAUUAGCUGGCACAGUUGUGAAUUUAAAGAAGAGGCUGAUAACUGUGGGUCGUCCCCAUGGCUCUGAAAACUGUGCACCUGUUGUCGCUGUGGGGCUUCACUCUGUUUGUUCACGGAGGAACUUCAUUCUGCAAUGUCACCUGCUCCACAGACUACAGUGUCACAGUGAACUGUUCGUGCUCGGCUCCUUUGACGACAUAUUCUGUCAUCGUUGAAGUCAGCUGCAGUGAUGGUUACGGACUCUACGUCAACAGCAGCUGUGAAGUUAAACCGCCUCAGUCCUGGUGCAUCAUGUAUCCUGAAGAUCUCGAGGAUGUUACCUCCAUUGGGACGAUGUGUACGGCGACCGUCACCCAACAAGAUAGUCGAGGUGUAGUGAAGGGCAUGGAGUCAUCUGUCUGGGAACUGAGUCAUGUUGUGAAAGCUCUGCCUCCUUUGGAUGUCCACGUGACAAACAGUGGCAGAUUUUACAACAUCACCUGGGACCACAACGACAGAGAAAACAGCCUCACAUACAGAGUGCGUGUGAGAGAGAGCAGGAAGUCGUCAGAGGAUGCUGCUCUGGUAUACUUAGUGGAAGGAAAGCACAAACUGUUAGAGCACAUGAAGCUGAGGCCACAUGUGAACUACACUGUGGAUGUGGCAGCCAAAAUGUGUCCUGAGAAUCUGUACUUGGGUCCGUGGAGCGAGUGGAGCUCCUCUGCAGAAUGGACGACUACAGGAAGCUCAGCGGUAGAGUUCAAAGGAAUGAAUAAAACUUGGUUGUUUUCCCUCCUGUCCAUCGUUGCUGUCCUUGGAGUCGUGGUCUAUUCACAGAAAACAUAUUUGCAGAAGAAGCUCCACCUGAUCACAUACAUCCCCACACCGCAGGAGUUUUUCAAGCCCCUCUACCACAACUAUGAAGGGAACUUUAAGGACUGGGUGAAACCUGUAUUCAGCGAGAAUGAUUUCCUAAGCAUCAACUCAGAUGUUAAUGUUCAGAGGAAAAGCGAGAAGCAGCCUGAUGUCCUCCAGUGGAAGAAUGAGAAACGAAGCUACAGCGAGGACGUGAUCAAACAAGGUGGUCAUCAUUUCCUCCACAUGAUGCAGCCUCACAACAACCCCCUGCUGUUCGUCCAGGCCGCUGGUAGUUCUCAGAGCUCAGGUCACUCCAGUGGACACAUCUCCAUCCACACCGUAACCUUGUCUGGAGAAGGAGAGUUUGAGGAGGAAGUUAGGUCAAGGAACUCUGAAAACAACCUCAGAAGUUACCGAGAUGGAGAAGGCUUUGCUUCAUUUGAAGACGACAACAGAGAACUUGCUGGCUACAAUUUAGAAGAGCUUCGGUUGUCCAGGUUGGAUGGACAUAGUGGGAUGUUAUCUCAGCUUGAUAACCAAAUAUCCAACGACAUAUCAUCAGAAAAUUCCAACUUUGAGCCACAUGCCAUGAUUCAUGAACCAGAGAGGUUAUCACUCGACUCGUUCGUCUCACUCGAGCAGUCAGACGGCUACCCUCACGUGGACCUGGACACUGUCGACAGUGGGUUUGGAGAGUGCAGCAGCCCUGGAGCCUCAGACUCAAACAUGGCAGGGCAGAUGGAUUUAUUUCAGGAGCACAAAAACUCAAAUUCCAACUAUGUCAAGCAGUGGAUGAUAUGUAGCACUAUUCAGGAAGACUCAAACAACACAGAGCAGGCUUCCUGAAACCUAAUGAUACAUGUUACUGACAAACUGAAAGUCACAGAUGGAUACACUGUUUGACAAAAGUCUAAAAUACCUUUUUUUCUGUGAAUAAUGUCAUAUUCAAAGGUUUUGCAAUUUGUACGAUAUAUGUAUAUAGCAAGAUUGCUUUGUUUGCUUUUGUGAUAUAUUUUUUAUUUAGAAAUGUACAAAGAAAUAACAUCAUACAUUACACAUUUUUUCCCUUUUCUCCCCUCGACCCCGAAGAGAUCACACAUAGUACAUGUACAAAAGUGGAUUUGUGCAAACAUCACCCACAUCAUCCCUAUGGCGACCCCACAUACCCACAUAUCCCCACCCUGGAUCGUCAUCUAUCAUGAAGAUCCUUUACUUAUUAUUUUUGAAUGUUUCAAUUGGAUGCAUAAAAGUUUAUUUUGCUUCUUUCAUCAAUGUACUUCUUGAGAAAAUCUAUAAUUCAUAACUCUCGCACUUGAGACUGUAUCGACCUGGGUUCAGAAUGUUGCAGUGGUUUGUACAUCUGCAUGAUGUUUUUUGUUUUAUCUCUGUUUACACAGCUUCAUAUUGUCAUGGUCAUGCAGGCUUCGUCUGCUUGUACUGUAGCACCAGCAACCUUGCUGCCUUAUCAAGAUGUCUGAUAAUGCCUGUUCUCCUUGCUUGUGCGUAUUUUCAGUAACCACUGUAAUCAUCCGUCCUGUUUUUGUGAAAUGUCAGUAAAAAGAGCAAACUUAGUCAAAA